AUGUCAAAGCCCCCACAGCAAAAUGAAUCCACUCGAUCACACGAGGGUGGCAAAUCUCAAAUAGCUUUAAACCCAUCAGCUCAAACCUUUCAAGUUGAAAGCACUCAGAGUCAGACCACGACUCAUCAAAACCCCACGUCAUCCAGGUUAACGCACACUGCUCAGCUUCUUACAGAACCGUCACAGAAGCAGACUCGUAAGGUGCUUUUAGCCACCGCUCUCGUCACGAUCAAGAACGACGGCACGGGUCAGUCCAUGGUAGUACGUACGCUAUUAGAUCAAGGCUCUGAAUGCACACUUAUUUCAGAGCAUGCCGUUCAAACACUCUGUUUGACACGCAACCGUGCUUCGGCAGAUAUAUCUGGGGUGGGCAGCAACGUCGCGCAUCGUUGUAAGCACACUGUGAAUUUCACAAUGCACUCAUAUGUGAACCCUAACUACCACGUCGCGGUCGAUACCGCCUUUGUUUUAAAGGCGCUCACCAAUAAAUUGCCAAGUCAAACAAUUGAGCCAAACCAAUGGGCUCAUAUUCGAGGACUGCAGUUAGCAGAUCCUACGUACUACCAGCCACGUUGUAUAGACUUACUUCUGGGUGCCGACAUGUUCGCUAACCUUUUAUUGCCGGAAACACGUAUUGGAGGACUUUAUGAACCAAUAGCCCAGCGCACCCAUCUGGGAUGGAUAUUGUCUGGCAAUACUACUUCCACCCCCAAAGUUGAUGCUGCUAGUCUUCAUUGCAACCAUGUCACUCUCGAGCUGGAAUCACUUGUACAACUUUUUUUCGAAAUCGAUCAAGUACCGACCGAGAGAUCUCUCUCGCAAGAAGAAAACUGGUGUGAAACACAUUUUCAACAAACGCAUAUGCGCCAACCAAAUGGGAAAUAUUUAGUGAGACUUCCAUUGAAAAAUUUGUUUGAUGAAUCUCAAACCCUCGGUAAAUCCAAAAAAAUUGCACUCAACCGCUUUCAUUCACUGGAGCGAAAACUACAACGCAACGAUGAAUUGCGAGCCCGGUAUGAAGGGUGUAUUCCGGAAUAUUUCACCCUGAAUCAAAUAACUCCUGCUACGACAACUGAGGAGCAGCAUUCCGUCAAACUUGCCUCAAGUGCUCCAACAGUCGCAUCAUGUGUAUUACCUCACCACGCUGUGAUCAAAGAGGAAAGUCUAACCACAAAGCUAAGAAUCGUGUUUGACGCCUCGUGCAAGACUAGCAAUGGCAAAUCGUUAAAUGACGUACUGUGUGUGGGACCCGCACUUCAAAAUUAUCUGCCAGCAGUAGUUUUAAAUUGGAGAAAACACAAAUUUGAGUUUACAUCUGAUAUCCAAAAAAUGUAUCGGUGCAUAGACAUGCACACAGAUGACUCGCAAUAUCAACGCAUUUUGUGGCGAAACGAAGCAAAUGAAAUUCAGGAGUAUUGUCUCACGACAGUCACAUUUGGGACUGCUUCCGCUCCAUAUACCGCGAUACGAAUCCUCCACCAACUGGCUGAAGACGAAAGUACAUCGUAUCCGUUAGCAGCACCUGUCCUUCGGAAUGAAAUGUAUGUUGACGACGUACUAUCUGGCGGUCCCUCCGUUGAGAUCGCCACCGAAAUUCGCAAACAAGUAACCUUAGCAUUGCGCUCCGCUGGCAUGGAACUUCGAAAAUGGAGCAGCAACUCAUCGGCGGUGCUGGACGGUAUUCCCACCGAAAACAGGUCAGACAGUAAUGCCUUACAGUUAAAUAGCAGCGAUACCGUUAAAACCCUUGGCAUUCUGUGGCAACCGAACAAGGACGUUUUUAAAUUCCGGCUCAACUUCGAAAUUGAUUUUACUGCCACCAAACGGUCAGUGCUCUCAACUAUAGCUCGUCUGUACGACCCACUGGGAUUAAUUGCACCGGUUAUUGUAGCAGCCAAAAUCAUCCUGAAAUCGGUAUGGUCCUUUAAGGUACAACGCGAUGAGCACACGUUCACACCAUUGGCAUGGGAUGAAACGCUACCAACAAAUCUAAAUCACCAAUGGCAACGUUUUCUAAAUACUGUAUCGGAGGUGCCCUGCAUCACGGUGCCGAGAUGGUUGAACUAUGAGCCAAAUCAUGUUAAAUCAUUACAACUCCAUGUAUUUUGCGAUGGCUCGACAGCUGCAUAUGCAGCAUGUGUUUAUCUACGGGUAGAAUGCAGUGAUGGUAAAAUUUUUACAACGCUUCUCACCGCAAAAAGCAGAGUCACCCCGACAAAACCGUUGACUAUACCACGCGUCGAGUUGUGCGGAGCAGUGCUGGCGACUGAAUUAAUGGAAUGGACCAAAAAAUCAUUGUCAUUACCGUAUACAAAUCUAAAAACAUUUUAUUCGACCGAUGCUACGAUUGUGCUUUACUGGAUAAAUGGCGAUCCGAAUCGAUGGCAAACAUGGGUUUCAAACCGAGUUGGCAAGAUACUACAAACCUCUUCACCGUCACAAUGGAGUCACGUCGAUACUAUGCAAAAUCCAGCUGAUUGCGGAACCCGAGGCCUAACACCAGUCAGUUUAUCAAUUUUCAGGCUAUGGUGGUCCGGCCCAGAGUGGUUGCUGUCAGAUGAAGACUCCUGGCCGAAAUUUAGCACGACUGAAUUGCACAUCAACGAAGAAAUAGCUGAAGUUAAAAGGAAGCCGCUUCAAGCAAAUUUCACGAUUUGUCAAGACUCCGUUAUUCUUCGGUACUCGUCGCUAACGAAGCCCGUACGCGUUUGUGCGUACAUUCUCCGUUUCGUGCAGAAUAGCCAAGUUCAGAGCUGUGCCCGCAUAAGUGGACCUUUGUCGGUCACCGAGCUAAAUCAAAGUCUAGCAAAGGUUGUCAGGCUCGUACAACAAGAAACAUUCAACACCGAAGUACACAACGUUCGCAAUAAAAAGCCUGUUCCACAUAGAAGCAAGCUUACUAGCUUAACUCCGUUUCUUGAUGAGCAGCAAAUUCUUCGUGUGCGUGGGCGAAUUCCGCGCUCUAAUCUUCCAUUUGAUCAGGAGCACCCCAUCAUUUUACCAA